AUGUUUGAGACAUUCAACACGCCUGCCAUGUAUGUUGCCAUCCAAGCCGUUCUUUCUUUGUAUGCUUCUGGACGUACUACUGGAAUUGUUCUUGACUCUGGUGAUGGAUUACGCACACAGUUCCAAUCUAUGAAGGUUAUGCUUUGCCACACGCAAUCUUGUGUCUUGACUUGGGUCGUGAUUUGACUGACUACUUGAUGAAGAUCCUCACUGAACGUGGUUAUUCCUUCACCACAACCGCCGAACGUGAGAUUGUUUGUGACAUCAAGUUGCUUUGGACUUUGAGCAAAAGAUGGCUUCAGCUGCUUCGUCUUCUUCUUUGGAAAAGAGCUACGAAUUGCUUGACGGUCAAGUUAUUACUGUUGGAAACGAGCGCUUCCGUUGCCCAGAAUCUCUCUUCCAGCCAUCUUUCUUGUGUAUGGAAUCUGCUCCAUCAUUACAAAAAGAAAAGAGGGAAAAUUUGAAGUUUUUUAUUU